UUUGUCCCGUAACAAAGAGGGAUAUUUUGUGCCCUCUCGGCACCCUUACGUCGCGGGGCAGUGUUGUGCGACUUGUGCGACAUCGGCUUCUUACGGGCACUGAGGAGGAGGAAGUGUAGUUGCACUAUCAAGGGGAUUUUAACACAGUUGUAGGCUGAUUGUGGCUCAAAAGCUCCGAGUGGCUUUUGUAAUUCCUGGAUCUUCGAAAAGAGGCUGGAGAAGGCGCGGAGGUGUACCCUGUGCUUUGCUUGAUCUGAGUCCAGUUCACUUGUCUUCAAGUCAGACACCAUGGAGGCACCUCCAGUCACCAUGAUGCCUGUCACUGGAGGCACUAUUAACAUGAUGGAGUACCUGCUGCAGGGAAGUGUUUUAGAUCACAGCUUGGAAAGCCUCACCCACCGACUUCGUGGUUUGUGUGACAACAUGGAACCUGAGACUUUCCUUGACCAUGAGAUGGUCUUUCUUCUUAAGGGCCAGCAGGCCAGUCCAUUUGUUCUAAGGGCUCGGCGCUCUAUGGAUAGGGCAGGAGCACCCUGGCAUCUGCGCUACCUGGGGCAGCCAGAAAUGGGAGACAAGAACCGCCAUGCCCUUGUACGAAACUGUGUGGACAUUGCAACAUCUGAGAAUCUCACCGACUUCUUAAUGGAAAUGGGUUUCCGCAUGGACCAUGAGUUUCUUGCCAAGGGACACUUGUUCCGUAAGGGCAUCAUGAAGAUUAUGGUGUAUAAGAUCUUCCGCAUCUUGGUGCCUGGAAACACGGACAGCAUUGAGGCUUUGUCACUCUCCUACCUUGUGGAACUAAGUGUUGUUGCACCAGCUGGGCAGGACAUGGUCUCUGAUGACAUGAGGAACUUUGCCGAGCAGCUGAAACCCCUGGUUCACUUAGAGAAAAUAGACCCCAAAAGGCUCAUGUGACUAAGAAGAUCUGUCCAUCAUUAGGGCCUUUCGUGGAACUAAGUGUUGUUGCACCAGCUGGGCAGGACAUGGUCUCUGAUGACAUGAGGAACUUUGUCGAGCAGCUGAAACCCCUGGUUCACUUAGAGAAAAUAGACCCCAAAAGGCUCAUGUGACUAAGAAGAUCUGUCCAUCAUUAGGGCCUUUCCUCACCUGUUACAAUAAAGAAGUCAUUAUAAAUGCCACAUGUCAAUACUGCCAGCCAUGCAGUUUUCCCUUAUGAAGGACAAUGAGAAUUUGGUUGGUUCUUUGUACUGUUUUCCUCUUGGAACAAGUUCUUUUUUGUGACAGCUUUUCUAAAUGAAAGGCUCAGGAUAACAAAAUGAAUCUGUCUAAUCCCUCUACGUUAAGAGAAGAAGCUGAAAUAAAUGAGCUUUUGGAAAGAAAAGUCUCAUUUUGCCACUUAUAUAUUCAGUUUGUAGAAUAGAGACUUUGAACUUGUACUGUGUGGUUAUAAAGGCUAAGAAAAGCACUGUAAUUGUAAUUGAUUCUUUAUUCCAUUAUCCUACUUAUUUGGAGUGGAUUCAUCACCAGUUGAAGCAAAAAAAAAAAAAAAAUUUCAGCAGGCAGUAGGUUUUAGUUUAAUUUUGGUGAGAUGAUAGUUUUUACCUUUCAUAAAAGCAAGCAUGUUUGUUGUUGAAAAACUUAAAAAUACAGAUAUUAAGAAAAAUAGUUGUAAUUCUAUUAUUCAAAGAAAGGUGCUUUAUUUGGGUAUACAGCCUUCUAGCGAUUAUUUUUGUAAAUUUAUGAGAUAUAUUUGUUUCAUAAAAACAAUCUAUAUUUAUUGGCUUAUAGCCUCCUUUUUCUGUUUUUUAUUAUUACUAUCUUUCCAGAAAAUUAGUCUAGUGUCCUGUACAAAACAAAACAGAAAACUUACUUAUUGAGUUCCUGUUAUGUGUCAGUGCUACCCUACAUGCUCUAGGUAUGUUAAUUAAUUUAACCCUCACAAUAGACCUAUUUUAUGACCAGGAAAACUGAGGUGCAGAGAGAUUCAUUAGCUUUCUCUGGGCUAUACAACUACUAAUUAGCAGAGUUGGUAUUU